CGCAACCGCUCAUCGAGGAUUUGGCCGAGGAGACGAAACACGUGACCCAUCUCCGGAAGCACCACCUGCACAUGUUCCUCACCCCCGCCCUCACCACGUGGGCGGCGCACGGCGUCGGGGACAUGCUGACCGCCUUCCCGUUACUAAUCGCCCGCUGCCAGAACCUGAAACGCCUCGAUAUCUCGUAUCUGCGGCACAUCAACCCUAACAUCCUGUUAGGGCUAGUGCCGCGCUUCUCUUCGCUGGUGAGCCUCAAUCUGCGUAUGACGCUCACCGUGGACCAGAUGCUGGCGAGCAUCGGCCGGAACUGCCCACAACUGCUGGACCUGAACCUGACGGCCACGCCCAUCACGGACCGCGGGCUGGUGCUACUGUGCGUGGGCGAGGACGGGCAGCGCCAGGCGCAGAGCCUGGUGCGCCUGGUGGUGGCCGAGACCUUCGUCACGGCCGCGGGCGCCACCAUCGUCCUGCAGUCCCUGGCACGCCUGCGCGAAUUCGACUUCGACCAGAUCUUC